GAUGCUGGAGUUCCCUCCUUGGCACCAAGUAGGAGGUGAAGUCACAGACGUGCCCUGCUGCUGCUGCUGGCAGCUUGCUUUCUGUUGGAAGCAAAGCACAUCUGGUGUAUCUCUCAGCUUGCUGGUGAAGUCUGUGUGACUGAAAGGGAAAGACCUGUCAGAGACAGCAUGAAGUCUUGUUGCUCCAGGGAAGACCAUAAGGCAGGAACAAACAUAUGAGGAGUGUUGAGACAGCAGUGAUCACAUAACAGCAUGAAAGCAGAGCUCCCUUCCCACUGACACCAACAUGGUGCAAAUUUCAGCAUACCUGGUGCAUGCCUCCUUGUACCUGAGAGCAGGGAGUGGGCAUGCGUGCCUGAGGUCUGUGCUCUGGGUAAGCAAGCAGCCAAGUCAGCCUCGUGCAAGUAGAAAAAGCAUAAGCAAACCACUGUGAAGAUUCUGAUAUUCUGAUAGACGUUCCAGUGGCAUUUUAUUUUCCGUUCCUGCUGUUAAGAAGGAAAGUAAUACCCAGGUGCUACUACAGCUGCAAUCAGAGAAGGAAAAUCUCCAGGAGGGUCUGGGAGCUCUGUCAGGGCACGUGGCAGGGGCUGUCAGAUCCAUUGCUUGGUCUGCAACCCGCUGCACUCAGCAGGAUGGUUUCCAUUGAUUCCGGGAGCAGACGUUGCUGGUGAGCACUGCUGUGCAUGUGAGGGGUGAGCUCUGAGCAGGGCUUUCCAUCAUGGUGUCACUGCAGCCAGUGUCACGUGUGCAUGACUGGAAACAUCAGAGCCUUCCAGGCUCCUCCGUGGCCCACUCCCAACAGCUGGCUCCUGCUGCCAGUGGGAUUUGCUCCAAUUACACAGCUCACCCAAUUAUCUCCCGUGACAGGGAAAGAAAACUUGCUCAGUGAUGAGAGAUCAUUACAAAUUACAAGCUCUGUGAGUUUGGGACAAACGAACCCCCUAAGUGCUGCCUGGUUGAACACUCUGUCUGUGUUCUGUGUGAUAAAUAACAGCUGACUUUUUCCAUCGCUAGGAAAUGAAUCACUGUGGAGGCAAAACCAAAAAGGAGUCUCAAUCCAGCUAGGAGACCGAGAAGGAAGCUGCUGGAGGAGAGACGUAUACUAACUCCACUGGCCUGUAGCCUGUCUUACACUUACUAACAAAUGUCAACAACUAGGGAGCAGCCAAUCUUCAGCACCAGAGCCCAUGUUUUCCAAAUUGACCCUGCUACCAAAAGAAACUGGAUCCCUGCCAGCAAACACGCCUUGACUGUCUCCUAUUUUUACGAUGCCACGCGCAACGUGUACCGGAUCAUCAGUGUGGGAGGCACCAAGGCAAUCAUCAACAGCACUAUCACCCCCAACAUGACCUUCACAAAGACAUCCCAGAAAUUUGGACAGUGGGCAGAUAGCCGAGCCAACACAGUAUAUGGAUUGGGCUUUGCUUCAGAGCAGCACCUCUCCCAGUUCGCAGAGAAGUUCCAGGAGGUGAAAGAAGCAGCACGUUUGGCAAGGGAGAAGUCCCAGGAUAAAACAGAACUGACCAAUCCUGCCCUGAGUAUCACAUCUCACCAGGUACUUCCCAGCCCCAUCAUCAGCUCUAAUGGACCAGGAGAAGAUAAACUAUUCAGAAGCCAAAGUGCUGAUGUUGAGAUAAGCACAGAGAAGGAGCGUCUGAAGAAGAUGCUUUCAGAAGGCUCAGUGAGUGAGGUCCAGUGGGAAGCUGAAUUCUUUAGCCUUCAGGACAACAACAGCAAACUCGUGGCUGCUCUCCAUGAAGCCAAUGCCAAUGUGGACCAGUGGAAGAAGCAGCUGGCUGCGUAUCAAGAGGAGACGGAAACACUGCGGCAGCGGGUAGCAGAACUGGAGUCACAGGGGGCUCAUGACUCCUCCAGUGAGAACAACAAGGAAGAGCUGAGCCAAACCCUGGAAGAACUGGAACUGCUGAUCAAGGCUAAAGAUGAGGAGAUUCAGAUGCUGAAAAGCCAAAAAUGCAGCCGAUGGGAAGCAGAGGGCGAGCGUGAAGAGACACUACAGAAGCUCCAGGAGCUGGAGGCACGCAACGCAGAGCUGGAGCGCCGCCUUCACCUGGCCGAGCAGACGCUGGCGGAGACCCUGUCUGAGAGGGAGAAGAUCCAGAAUGAGGUCACCAAGGUGGCAGAGAUAAUGGACGUGAAGAUUUUUGAGCUCAGUGAGAUCCGGCAAGGACUAGCUAAGCUGGUGGAGAGCAACUGAGCAGCAGCAUGCUCAAAGGAGACACCUCCGGAGGAGGGGAGCCUGACCUGGGACUGGUUGCUAACAGCAAUUUUGAUCACAGAACAGCCUUGAGGUCUGUUAGGGCAGGAUAUGCCAACAUACCAGCAGCUGCCUGGACAGUGUGGUGACCAGCUGCAGCCAUUUACUGCCCACUGAACAACGAGCUGGAGAGCAGAGAGGGGCCUGAGCUCCUGUAUCCUCCACAGGAAGCAUCUACAAGUCACAGCCAGGCCUCUCUGGACCCUGUCGUGGCUGCGGCGCAGUCCAGAGACAGCAGCCGUCCCUCUGCUGCCUUCCCAGCCUCCCUGCUGCCACACUGUGUCUCCAUUUUUACAAUUUUCUAGGGGAAGGGGCUGAGCAGCCUUUGCAUUUUUUUCAGUAGUUUUUUAGGGAACCACUUGCCUUUUGCAAAAUAAGCUGCUUAUUUCCCAACUUAGGGAGGGAAAAGAGGUAUCAGCACUUUGAGGACAUCACUAGCUCCUUUUCCAGCCCUAACUACAUCGUGUCUUUCUAACAGGAUGCAACAACACUGGUUGCUGUCAGGAGCUUACAGAGCAAGCAGAGUCCCCAGUGCAGAGCAGGGUGCUUGUCUGCCCAAGUGCUGUUCAGUUCCAGCCUCUAGAGGAAAAAGAACUGCAGAAAAAGCUCUUAUUAGUUUAACGCAGUGGGAUUUAAUGAAUUCUUAAAACUUCUUUAAGCUGAGAGCAAAGGCCUGGUUGGGAAAGGGGCAUUUGAGAAAUGGGACGUGCCCGAGGGGAUGGCCAACCAACUGCUAGAUUGGCAUCUCUCCUGGCCUCUGAGGGCUGUAGUUAAUUGAAAUUAAAUGGAGCAAAUCACUGUU